GGGCCGCCGCCGCAGUCCGACCGGCCCCGCGGCCCGAGAGCGCGGGCUGGGACCGAGGCCCCGGCGGUGGGCGCCGCCCCCAGCGUCUCUCCGGAGCCCCUGGCGCGGGGCGAGGGCGAAGACGAGGCGGAGCAGGGCCGGAAUCAUGAACCGGAGUUUCCACAAGUCUCAGACCCUGCGCUUCUACGACUGCAGUGCGGUGGAAGUCAAGAGCAAGUUUGGGGCUGAGUUCCGAAGGUUCUCCUUAGACCGCCAGAAGCCCGGGAAGUUUGAGGAUUUCUACCAGCUGGUGGUGCACACCCACCACAUCGCCAACACCGAGGUGACCAUCGGCUACGCGGACGUGCACGGCGACCUGCUGCCCAUCAACAACGAUGACAACUUCUGCAAGGCGGUCUCGAGCGCGAACCCCCUGCUCAGGGUCUUCAUCCAGAAACGAGAGGAGGCCGAGCACGGCGGCGGCCUGGCGACCGGCUCGCUCUCGCGGCGCAAGAAGGCGCUGGCGCUGCGCGAGGAGGGGCCCCGCCGGCGCGCGCACCUGCACAUCGGGCUCCCGCACGACUUCCGCCCUGUGUCCUCCAUCAUCGACGUGGACAUCCUGCCCGAGACGCACCGGCGCGUGCGGCUGUACCGGCACGGCUGCCAGAAGCCGCUGGGCUUCUACAUCCGCGACGGCGUGAGCGUGCGGGUGGCGCCGCAGGGGCUGGAGAAGGUGCCGGGCAUCUUCAUCUCGCGCAUGGUGCCGGGCGGCCUGGCCGAGAGCACGGGGCUGCUGGCCGUGGACGACGAGGUGCUGGAGGUGAACGGCAUCGAGGUGGCGGGCAAGACGCUGGACCAGGUCACGGACAUGAUGAUCGCCAACAGCCACAACCUCAUCGUCACUGUCAAGCCGGCCAACCAGCGCAACAACGUGCUGCGCGGCGGCCGCGCGGCCUCCGGCAGCUCGGGCCGCUCCUCGGACAGCGCGGCCAGCAGCCGCCACAGCCUGCAGGCGCCCGCGCCGCCCGGCCUGCCCGCCGCCGCCGCCGACGACAUGGAGAGCGACGAGGAGCCCGACGUGGUGCUGGAGGGCGACCUGGAGCCCCGGGCGGCCCCGCGGCUACCGCCUCCCGGCGGCGGCGGCGGCGGCGGCCUCACCCGGCUCAACGGUUCGGGCCCGGCGUCCGGACUGCACGGCGGCGGCGCCCAGAGCCGCGAGAGCAGCCUCCACAGCCUCCACAGGCUCAUCAGCUCCCUGCGGUCCGACCCCCGCCACAGCCUGGCGCUGCCCCCUGGCGGCGUGGAGGAGCACGGCCCGGCCGUCACCCUCUAGCGGGGCGCCCUGCCUGCAGCGCCGCCGGGCGUCCCCCUGUAGCAUCCUGGCCCAGCCCCAGGGACCAGUCCCCUCCCGUUUUUUUUGUUUUUUGUUUUGUUUAAAUAAGAAAAUAAUUGUAUAUGUCACCCCUCCUCCUCUGUAUUUUUAUUUAUCCCUUCCUUUUCUUCCACAACCCUACUCGAUGUUUCAACGGAUGGACAGAAAAUGAAAAAUACUGCCUAUUUUUUUUUUUUUUAAAUAAAUUUCUCCACAAACGGAAGGUGCCCACUUUUGCGUGCACACACCAGGCCCGUUGCAGGUCCAGGGCCUUUGUAAAGUUAUUUUCUGACCAAGUGUCGAAAAUACUUGCUUUUUAAAAAAAUUUUUUUAAAAGACUUUAUUUUUUUUAAAGGAAGCUUUAAAAUUACCCUUUAAAAGGACAGAUUCGUGUUUUUUAACGUCAGCGAUGCAAACACACCUACGUGUUGGCGGCCACAGUCUUCUCCGUUUCGCGUGGAACCUUCUGGUGGGCUGGACGCAGCGAAGAAGGUACAUGGCGAGAAGGGAAAGACUGGUUUUUAAGAACAGACGCACCCACAUCUCUAAGAGGUGUGACUGUAGAAGACAAAUUUCAAAUGGUCAGUUCAUAGUCCUGUUUCAAAUAGCCAAAUGGGAGCUGCACCCCCAGACCUCACUGGGAAAAGGAGCUCUCCGAGGUCAUGCCCGUGACCUGGGACGCCCCGAGGUCUAUCAGCAGCCCUCAGGAAAGCAGCCAGCUCUGCUUGGCAAUUCCAUUUGUGAUCAAAAGCCAGUAUUUACUUGGAGUUAAAAAACCAGUCUUUUCCAAUGACUUCACUGACUCUGAGCACAAUUUCUGAAAUGUUUCCCUAGAAAUGGUGGACAACCCUACCGUACCUCCAGACAAGCCUUUGAAAGCUCACAGACAUUUGGGACUAUGUCUGUUACCUUCAUUUUAAAAUAUCUUCAUAUGAAACGUGAUGGUUUUUUAUGUCGGAUUAAAUCCAUUGCCACUUCCCUUUGAUCUUUUUUAGCAAUAUUUACAUAUUUGGGAAUUUUGAAUGUUUUAUUCAUGUUUAUACCAAUGAAAUUUUAUAUGAAGUGUAUAUUAUGUUUGAAUCCGAUAUUGAGAAAAUGUUACAGUUAUAUUUUGAGGACUAAACUUUGACCAAAUAAAGCUUUCAUAUACAAUAUUUUUUAGGUGGCCUUUUUCAAUGCAAGCUGCUUCUCCGGUGGCCCAGCACCCCCUGCUGGUCAAUGGCAGACCUGUCCUUCCUUCAUGGAUGUCAGACUGUCUAAAAACUAUCUCACUGUUUUCAUUUUUCCUGAACUUGUUAAGUGAAAAAAAAGUAUCUUUCUUUUGUGCAUAAAGUAUUUAUUGUUCAGAAAUAGCUUUUAUUGAGUACUUGUGCCCUGCGCCUAUGUUCGGUUUUUUUAUUUGAAUGCCAGUCUCUCUUCUACCCAUUUUUCCCUUGGCACAGGGAAGACCAAAGACACUCCCCACUUUGAGGUCCUAGUGAGAGUGCACACACUCCCAAAUCCAUGGGUUCCAAUGAACUGUGCAAGCACCUUGUUUGGUGCCCCAGCAGUCGGAGGUAUUUUUUUUUUUUUUUUUAACCAUGACAUGUAUUAUAAAACCAAAACUCUAAUGUAACAUACUACCACAAAGGAAAUGUUAUUUUACUAAGUUAUUGCUGGCUGAAGAGUAUCUUAUUGAUAUAACUGGGUCUGUUACCAAGAAAUAAAGUUAUAUUUCUUACCAUGUUUUAAGUUGUUAAGCAAAUGUGAAUAAUUUUUUUAAAGAAAAAAAAAAAAGAUUGUGUGCUAUUCAGAAUUUUAGGAGUUACAAACUGCUUGGAAUAGCUGCUUGAGUGUAUUUUUCUACCCAGGUCUAUACUUCUGCCAUUUUCUUUAAAAAACAAACAAUAUUGUAUUACGUGUUAAAGUUUUCUUGGUUUUAUAUAUCAAAGAAUAAAAACAUUCUCUUUGUGUUC